CUUUGUUUCCAAGGCCGGACCGCUGAUCCCAGCUGCUGCUCAGCAUACAGACUUCUAUUUGAAAAGGUGUUCAUAGCCCUGAACAUGUCACUUUUCACCCAUGUGCUGGCCUGCCUGUUUGGCACAGGAUCCUGGGUGUCCAUCAAUGGAAUGUGGGUGGAACUUCCUCUCAUUGUCCCUGAAAUCCCAGAGGGCUGGUAUCUACCCUCUUACCUCUCUGUCAUCAUCCAAAUGGCCAAUAUUGGGCCUUUGUUUGUCACCCUCAUGCACCGCUUUCGCCCAGGCGUUCUGAACGAGGUGGCUGUCAUCUACUUUAUCAUCAGCCUAGGAACGCUGGCCAGCUUCCUGCUGGCAUUCUUCUGGAAGGUGACCCUGAACGUCGCAGGCUUCCCACACAGUGUGCCACUCUUGCUGCUCACCUUCUUCUUGUCCUUGGUAGACUGUACCUCCUCUGUGACUUUUCUGCCCUUCAUGAUGCGACUCAAGCCUCAGUAUCUCACGUCCUACUUUAUUGGAGAGGGCCUCAGUGGGCUGAUCCCAGCUGUGGUGGCUUUGAUACAGGGUGUGGGCAUUCUCCACUGCAGCAACCAUACAGUAAUGGCCAACGAGACUCUGGACAACUCGACAACGAUGUACAAAUUUGAGGCCCAAUAUCUGCCGGCCAACUUCUCUACCCACACUUUCUUUCUCUUCUUGAGCACUAUGAUGGUGGUUUGCCUGCUGGCCUUCCUCUUCCUGAACCUCCACCCUGCAGUCAGACAGCAGCAUGAAACCGAUCGACACCAUGGCAGAAUGGGAGAAGGGGAAAAGGGAACCUUGGUCCUCAAGCAGCACAGGCAGCCAGAAGAGAAACCUAUGAUCAGCCCAUUCAAUGGCAAUAACAAGAAGACCUGCAGCUUCUUUAGGACUGGAACCUAUGGUUGGAUUGAAGUGCUUUUCAUUUUCUCAGUCCUGGGCUGGACCAAUGCGCUCACCAACACUGUUUUACCCUCAGUCCAGUCAUACUCUUGCAUGCCCUAUGGGAACAAUGCCUACCACUGGUCAGUCACCAUGGCUGCUGUGGCCAAUCCUCUCGCCUGCUUAAUCGCCGUGUUUUACCCCAAAAGGUCCUUGAAGCUGAUGGGUUUUCUUACUUUGCUGGGCACUGGCAUUGGGGCUUACAUCAUGGGUAUGGCAGUGCUGAGUCCCUGUCCCCUUUUCAUCCAAAACCACACUGGUGCUGUCUUCAUUGUGGGAGCUUGGUUCUUCUUUGUCCUCACCCUCUCCUAUGUGAAAGUGAUCAUUGGGAUAAUCUUGCGGGACGAGGGUCACAGCGCUCUAGUAUGGUGUGGUGCCGUGGUGCAGCUGGGCUCCAUACUCGGAGCUUUCGCAAUGUUUCCCAUCGUCAGUGUUUACAGGCUUUUUACGUCAGGAGAUCCCUGUAACACCGUAUGCUCGAAAUGAAGAUCUAAGAAAUAUAUAUUUUUUGUAAUUCACAUACUUUUAUCUAUGCAGCAUUUUUCUAAAAACCAGUCACAUCCUUCUCACACUGUAAGGUUUAAAUGACAUAACAACCAAGCCUAACAUCUACAGGAAUUCACCAGUUAAUUCACUGGAUGGACAAUGCAUAAAUUUCAUGGACUUGACUGACAGUAUCACUUACAUUGAUGCUUUUUGUGUGUUCUGUAAGAAUUUUUGCCAGUUGCAGAGCUUAAUAAUACAGAAAUAACUAAGAAUUAGGUUGUGUUUUAAGUCAGAAUUUGAUCCUUCUUUAGGUAAGGCAAGACCAGUUAAUCAAAAAGACUGAAUAGUCAUAAAGAUUAAUAAAAAAAGUUAGUGUGGGAGCAUCUGCUACUGUUGUGGUUAGUGCUGCUGCCCUUGGACUCAAAGGUCACAGGUUUGAGUCUCACCUCCAGCUGUAG